AGCCCGCUGGAUCCUCCACUGACCUGCUGUUCUUUCCUGCUUUCCUCCCCUCCUGCGUUAUUUCCCUCCACAUUUAGAUUAAAAACAAAGCUCUCUCUCUCUCUCUCUCUCUCUCUCUCUCUCUCUCUCUCUCUCUCUCUCUCUCUCUCUCUCUCUCCCUUCACCCCUCCCUCCUUCUUUUUCUUCUUCUUCUUCAUCUUCUUCUUCUUCCCCUCCUUCCUCUUCUGUUUUCUGCGGCAGUAGUCAACGUUGAGGGCUUCGGCGCAUCAGAGGAGGAGGCGGCAGACACUGUUCGGACGCGUGUGUUUAUGUUUGUGUGUUUUGCCAUUGGACGGCCGGGCGAAGGGGGGCACGCGGAGCAGGAGAGAGGAAGAGGAGGGAGGAAGAGGGAGGACUUGCCUGGAUGACAUUAUCUGUGUCGUGUCAUUAAGUGUGGACCUUGCCUGAUCACAGGGUGAGGAAAGAGGGAGAGACACUGAGAGGAAGACGAGGAGGAGGAGGAGGACAAACUGAGACUUUGGUUUCACCGGGAAAAGAAGAAGCAGCAGCAGCAGCAGGAGGAGGAGGAGGAGGAGGAGGAAGAGGAGGAGGAGGUAAAGUCUGGCGGUCUGUUUAAUCAUGACAGUGUUGGAGAAGCCUACCGACGGACUGAGAGCUCUCUAGCUGUGUGUCAACAGAGAUUCACAUCUGAGGACAAUACGAAUACAAAGACUGUGGAAGAGGGACGACUGCCGUGUCCAGCUGAGGACUUACUGAUAGAGAGCGUGUGUGUCAGACUGUGUAACCAGUGGAGGGCGGAGGAGUGGAGGGCCAGGGGACUAACCUGGCCAUCAAACGGACUGGCAGCCUCUCCUCUCCUGGGAUCAUGUACCCUCAGGGCAGGCAUCCGGUACCCUUGCAGCCUGGCCAGUCUUUCAAGUUCACAGUCCUGGAAACUCUGGACCGAAUCAAGGAGGAAUUCCAGUUCCUCCAGGCCCAGUAUCACAGCCUGAAGCUGGAGUGUGAGAAGCUGGCCAGUGAGAAGACGGAGAUGCAGAGGCACUACAUCAUGUACUAUGAGAUGUCCUACGGUCUCAACAUUGAGAUGCACAAGCAGGCGGAGAUUGUCAAGCGUCUCAGUGCCAUCUGUGCUCAGAUCAUCCCCUUCCUCUCUCAAGAGCACCAGCAACAAGUGGUCCAAGCAGUGGAGAGAGCCAAGCAGGUCACCAUGGCAGAACUCAACGCCAUUAUCGGGCAGCAGCAGCUCCAGCACCUGUCUCACCACGCCCCCGGCAUUCCCCUGACACCACACCCGUCGGGCCUGUCCCUGGGCGCGGGAGGAUCAGGGCUCCUGGCGCUGACCGGGGCCCUGGGGGUCUCAGCCCACCUUGCAUCCAAAGAUGAGCGCAACCACCUCGACGCUGAACAUCUUCGAGAGGGAGCACCCAGCAGGAGUAAGUCGGUGUCAUCAACAGACAGUCAGCCCACUGAGGAGCGGCAGGGCCCGUCAGGAGGCUACUCCUCCUCACAGGGAGGAGCUGAGGCCAAGCGGAGGCGCUGUGAUGACAAAGAGCCUCUCCCACCACACUCCUAUGACAGUGAUGGGGACAAAAGUGAAGACAAUCUUGUGGUGGACGUCUCCAAUGAGGAGCCCAACUCUCCUCCAGGCACCCCUCCUCACUCCCCACACGGGAACGGUUUAGACCGGGCCCCCACCUUAAGGAAAGAGCUGCCGGGCUGCUCGAGCACAGGAGAGGCCCCCUCCACCCCGAAUCCCCGCAGCCCCACCCCAGGCAAGGCCAAGGACCUUUCACAGAUGGAUAAGUCCCAGUCUCCAUUGUCUAAGUCUGGCACCCCGUCCCCUUCCCACCGCGAGGCCCUUACCCCAGGAACCCCUGGAGCUCCUGGUCCCAGCACCUCCUGCCUUCGUCUGGUCAGCAAAGCAGCCACCAGUGCAGACCCCCUCGCUCUCCGCAGUCCCAUGUCUUUGCCCCCCGGUUCAUACCCAGCUCAUUUUGGCGUGGUGUCCCACGCAGGACUGAAUGGGGAGCUGGCCAGCCCAGGAGGUUUCGGCGGGGCUCUAACUCUGUCCCCACAAAUCAGUGCGGCAGCCAGUGCCUACUCCCGAAGCCCCAUGGUGGCGUAUGAGUCUCGAUCUCACCUUAGAGCACCAGGGCUGUCCUCUUCUCUGCCUGGUUCCUCUGGAGGAAAGCCCGCCUACUCGUUCCAUGUGAGCGCAGACGGCCAGAUGCAGCCGGUGCCCUUUCCCCCCGACGCCUUGCUGGGCCCGGGAAUCCCUCGCCACGCGCGUCAGAUCCACACCCUGAACCACGGGGAGGUGGUGUGCGCCGUCACCAUCAGCACCUCGACACGACACGUCUACACUGGAGGGAAGGGCUGCGUCAAGGUGUGGGACAUCAGCCAGCCGGGCAGCAAGAGCCCCAUGGCCCAGCUGGACUGUCUGAACAGGGACAACUACAUCCGCUCCUGUAAAAUCCUCCCCGACGGCCGAACCCUGAUCGUCGGCGGGGAGGCCAGCACGCUGUCCAUCUGGGAUUUGGCCACGCCCACCCCCCGCAUCAAGGCGGAGCUGACGUCGUCCGCCCCCGCCUGCUACGCCCUGGCCAUCUCCCCCGACAACAAGGUCUGCUUCUCCUGCUGCAGCGACGGCAACAUCGUCGUCUGGGACCUUCACAACCAGACGCUGGUCAGGCAGUUCCAGGGCCACACAGACGGAGCGAGCUGCAUCGACAUCUCCAAUGACGGCACCAAGCUGUGGACGGGGGGGCUGGACAACACCGUGCGCUGCUGGGACCUCCGAGAGGGACGGCAGCUGCAGCAGCAUGACUUCACCUCGCAGAUCUUCUCUCUGGGCUACUGUCCGACAGGCGAGUGGCUGGCUGUGGGAAUGGAGAGCAGCAACGUGGAAGUCCUGCACGUCUCCAAACCUGACAAGUACCAGCUGCACCUCCACGAGAGCUGCGUCCUCUCCCUCAAGUUUGCCUCCUGCGGCAAGUGGUUCGUGAGCACAGGAAAAGACAAUCUGUUGAAUGCAUGGAGGACACCAUAUGGAGCUAGUAUUUUCCAGUCCAAGGAGUCCUCUUCUGUUCUGAGCUGCGACGUCUCCCCGGACGAUAAGUACAUAGUGACGGGCUCCGGGGACAAGAAGGCCACGGUGUACGAGGUGGUGUACUGAGGGCCGGGACGACAUGGGGAGGGGCAGGACGGAGACUUGGGGGGGUGAUCGAGAAGAUGCACCCAGUUGCCAACUGCUACCAAUCUUCAUUACAUCGACAGCAGCAGCGGCACCUCUGUCUCAGUCCUCUUGAGUCAUUCUGACCCUCACCCCUAAUACAUCUCCCCUCUCCCCCUUUGUGCUGUGAUAUAAGCUACUGUAGAAGCUCCCUAAUGCCCCCUCCCCUCGUCCGCCUUCCACUUUGAGCCCAAGGAUGAGGCAUGAUAGUGUACAGAGAGAGAGAGAGAGAGAGAGAGAGAGAGAGAGAGAGGAGAAACAGCAAGAUAAGAAGGACAAAGGAAAAGAGCAGUGGAGCAUAAAGAUAAGGUCGGGAGGAGAAAGGAGGGAAAGAUGAGAAGAAAGCGAGAGUGCGGAAGGAAGAGGGAAUAAAUGGGAGGAAGAGGAGGACAAAAAGAAGAAGGAGGAGGAGGGGGGAGGCAGGCUAAUUAGGGCUGUUUCCAGAUUAAGAGCUCCGUGGAAGGGAGGCCCCAAGAGGAGGCGCGGAGGGGCACUGUGGGAGCGCCAGCCAGGAGCACUGAUACCACACAAUCGAUUCAUUAGCCAGACAGUGGAAGCCUUAAUGAGGCUGACGCCGCAGCUCGCUCUCCGCAGCGAGAGGUGUCAGGAGCUGGGGAACGAUGACGCUCGGAGAUGGAGGGGGCCGCUUCAGAUAUCCACACACAUGACACAUAGGCCCUGUUCACAAUACACACACGAACACACACACGCUUGGGUACAUCCCCUUGAGGUAACGGUAGGAAGAGAGAAACACACACACACAACACACAGAGCACCCAAUUAAACAUUCAUUGCCGCGCUCCCCGUCUCACUGCUUAAUAUCUAUUUUAUUUCUGUCUGACAAAGGCAGCGUCUUAAUGAGCAGCCGAGUCAAUGGGAUCCUCCCGGGGCCCCGAGACACAAACAGGGAACAUCAGCCGAGCUGUUCCCUCUAAUUCCUCCGGAUUGUUCUCCUGACACCGGGCACCGCUCUCACUCUCAUUACAGGCACUGUCGGCCCGGUGACGUAGCACCGCGCGGCAACUUCACUGUCAGGCAAACAAGAGGGCAAAUUAACACCACCCUGCCGCGCUGUCAUCAGCAGCCAACUACGCCGCGACUAAUCCGACUCCUUUCAAACCGCACGCAACACGUGGCUGCUUCUAUUCACCGAUGAGAUCACAUGUUUGGUGGAGUCGUUAUCCGCGUCACCGCCUGUCUGAUGAGGAGCCAGUGCUCAAAGGCCUCUGGACAAAUAUUUGAUAAGCUGUUGAUCGAUGUGAGUUGAAAUGCUCAACACCUUAAAGGAAACAUUGCGUUAAAUAUUCUUCACGGCUUUCUUGCUGCUAUUGAGAUGAGCAGACUGACACCACUCUCGUGUGUGUUCCUAGAAUGAAGCCACUGCUAGCGGCCUGCUCUCUUAGCUUAGCAUAAGGACUGAGAAGCAGGUAGCUUAGUGCUAACUGAGCAAUCAACCAUCCCAGCACCUCAACGAUCAAUAACUAAAACAAAUACAAAAGUGUCAAAUUUAACAAAUCACCCACUUUUUUUUGAUCAGGCCCAGUUGCCUGGCAACCACAUCCCUAACCACAGACUGUAAAUAAAGAUGGACGACACGUCUCCAUUUCCUCCUGUUGUACAAAGAUUUUGCCAAAACAUCUCAGAUAUGGGUACGGCCAUCUUGUCCUUUUGACGUCAGAGUCUCUAAAGAAGCAAGAUCCACUCUAUGUAUGCAUUCGACCAAUCGUGUGUCAGUCUCAGCUGUCAAUCAUGACUUUGACCAUGAUUUUUAAGCAUAAAAUAUAAAAUUAUAAAGAAAAUAAUCAGUAAAAGCGACCACUUGAACCAGUUUCAUAAGAACUACCUAAAAUGACAGUUUGAGUUUGGUCCAGGCCCAAUAAGCUAACAUGGAGGAGGCAGGGUCAUAUUAACUAUACAGCUGCCAGCCAGGAGGGGGCGAACAGGGGGGUGUGGCUUCACUUUUGGGGGAGCUGUCAUGUCGUCCUUCUUUAUAAAAAAAACUUCUAAACUUCUGGAUAGAACCAAUUCCAAUCUGUGUGCUGAGGAACGUCAGCUGCUGGCUUCUUACUUACAGACAUGAGAGAGGUCUCAGUCGUCUCAUCUAACUCGAUGCAACAAAGCCAAUGAGCAUAUUUCCCAAAGCGCCACUUUUUUUCUCUCCACCUUUUUCUUACUUUUGAAUGUUCCUUGUAUCAAACUCUAAACUGGCAGGCGAACAGUAAAUCAGAGCUCUGCUUCUUUAGAACAUCCGUCACCAGUGUGCAGACAGCUUUUUUAAUAACUUGUUUAUUUCAGUAUUUUUUAUGAAUCGCUCGUCCUAUGUAACGUUAUGUUUAUGUAUUGGGGGGGUUGCCUAGGACUGCGUUUGGGUUCGGGGAAGAGGGGGACCCACUCACACACUCACACAUGGAAACAUACAACAACAAAAAAAUCUGUUUCUUUUUUUUUAAAUCAGUGUAUUUUUAUCCUCGGUGAUUGUGCCAGACAGAAGAUUAACAACAUCAGCGAGAGAAAAAAAACAAUCCCCCAUUCGGGAGAAACGUUCCUCUGUGUACUGUUUGUUGUUUUUGUUUUCUUUCCCCUUUUUUCAGAAGUGGUAGUGAACGUACUGUUUUCAGUCCUGACUGUGUGAUUAUACCACGUUUCUGUUGCGUCUGUGGUCAUCGGCUACGACACGAUGACGCGGAAUUAGCCAUCGCUGAGGUCCCACUUGUUACUGCAUGCGUGUUGCACUGCAAGUCCAACUCAGCCAGAUAGAACCAGAUUCAUCCGCUCAUUUCAUUCCACAGGUACAGUGUACAUCCUCCGUUUGACAGAAGGAGGAAUCGUAAUCUUACAUCUCAGUAUGCAAUUUAGUGAAGCUGUAAAAAAGCAGGACAUAAUCACGAGGGACUUCUGCUUUACCAGCGAGGAGCAGAGAUCAUGUGUACAGUUAGACGCCUCCGCCCGACUCUUUCCCGUCCUGUCAGCCACAGGCGAGACCUCAACUACUCUCAUACACAAGCUUGUAUACUCCUCAGAAUGAUGCUGUAUAAUGGCUAUGCAUUUGGUGGUAUAGCGUGAAUAUUUUGGACAUUGUAUUUGAUACUCUUCUUUAACCGUCACUAAUGUCUCUCUCUCUCCACUGCCUCUGCUUUCUGUUCCAACAACUCACGUUUAGUUCCUCUAAUUUUUUUUAAUGCACUGUGUCAUCCCUCCUGAUACAUUUCCUCAUGUGCUGUACAAGAAAAAACUAUGUGUGACAAAUAAACCAAUCUUGUGUUCAUCCUUUCA